GUCUGUGGUGGUGGUGACUCUCGGAAAAGUCGGAAAACUCGCUGGUGCUGCAAUGCCGCCGCCGCCGUCGAUUCUGAUUUCAGUUCUCGUUCAGCUUUGCCGACGUUGCGACGUGUUUUUCCACCAGCGAGGAAAAGCGAGGAAAAUAGGGAAAAGCCCACGAAGCGAAUAUCGUUUCUGUGGGAAAUUGUCUUGUCUUUCGUGUUCUUCUCAAAAAAAGCGCGUCCGUAAACUCAAAAAACUAUUUUUUCCAAAUUAAAAAAAAUCUAAUUUAGAAAAAAAAUUGUUAAAAAUUAUUCCAAAAAAUUAAGAUAAAAUAUAAAAAAAAAAACAAUUCCCUAAAUGAAGUAGAAAAAAGAAAACUCUGUUAGAAAAUAAUAAAAAAAAGGAUGUGAAAAAUACUUAAAUGUAUACAGAUCCGUAAACAAGCCGAUUUAUAUACAUAUCUCUAUAUAUAUAUUUGGGUAUUCGAGUCAACUGUUUGAUUGAUUUGUGGCACAAACGAUCCAACUAUCAAAAAAAUAAAGAAAAACAAAAAAAUAAAAAGAAACAGAAACCAAAACCGAAACCGAAAACAAAAAAAAAACCGAAAACAAAUCAACAACGACUGCGGAUUCCGCCGUAAUUAACCCCAUAAGUCUGCCUAACCACCCAGCCAUGUAAACCGUAAACAUGCCACAACACUAUGCCACCAAACAGCCACUAACUAACUAAGCCCAAGAAGGACAGGACAGGAGUAGGAGCAGGAGCAGGAGCAGGACUACAGCGAGAUAUAGUAGAGGAGCCAGGAGAGGAGCUAUCACAAGGAUGGCCGGGCCGCAAGUCCAGCACAGUCAGCGACCGAACAGCGCCUACUACACGGGCCUCAAUGGCAGUGGAACUAGUGGCGCCUCCGCCUCCGCUUCCGCCAGUGGCAUGGCCACCAGUGCCUCCCACACCGGACUCCAUGCCCUGCGGCAGGUGAGCAACGAAACGGAGCUCAUCUAUCGGGGAAGUCACAGCAAUGGAACGGUCAACGAGCUGCCCUCCACCGCCCACCACCUGCUCACAGGACGACUGCCCCAACAGAAGCCGCAACAGCAGCAGACGCAGCAGCUGCCACCGAGGCAACAAGUGAGCAGUAUAGCCGGCACCGGAUCGAGUGCCACAGAUGCCCUGAUCAAUACCAUUACCUCCGGAGGAGGAGGAGGAGGUGGCACUGGAGGAGGUGGCACUCCGUCGGGGGCAGGCACUAGCAGCACCGCUCUGGGCCUCAAAAAAUCAAACACACAGCGCAGCAUCGAAAUCAUUGUGGAUGCCAGCCAGUGCGGCAAGGAGCUGGCCACCACCACCAACAAUGCCGGGGGCAGUGCCACCGCCCUGGAUGCCGGUGACGAUGUGGAACAGGGCGGUGGGGGGCAGGAGUCCUCCUCCUCGCAUAGGAAGUCCUCGAGGCAUCGCCAUCGACCCCUGCACCGCCGACUCAUCAGCUACCUGAGGAAUCUCUUCCAGGGCAGCACCACCCAGAAUGAUUCAGAACUAGAGGAGUUUGAAACACCGGCCAGGUACAGGCCCGACUCGCUAAGCGCCCUCAGUCGAGCCACCCGAUUCACCGAGGACGAGAUCAAACGAAUUUAUAGAGGAUUCAAGGCCGAGUGCCCAACUGGCGUCGUCAAGGAGGACACCUUCAAAGUGAUCUACUCACAGUUCUUCCCACAGGGAGCCAAUCCAACCCUAUACGCACACUAUGUAUUUAAUACACUGGAUCAGGAUCACAGCGGCAUUGUCAGCUUCGAGGACUUUGUCCAAGGACUCUCGAUACUUUCGCGCGGCUCGGUGGAGGAGAAGCUGCGCUGGACCUUCUCGCUGUACGACAUCAACGGCGAUGGCUUCAUUACGAGGGAGGAAAUGACUGACAUUGUGACUGCCAUAUACGAGCUGAUGGGCCGCCUGCCGGACGAGUGUCCCGAGGAGGAGAAGAUCAAGGGCAAGGUGGAGCAGAUCUUUCAGAAAAUGGACAUCAAUCGGGAUGGAGUGGUGACCCUGGAGGAGUUCCUGGAGGCAUGUCGCAACGAUGACGCCAUUUCCGGGUCGAUGUCAUACACGGUGCGCCGUCGACGACGCAGUGGCAGUCGCUCCCAGAAUCCUCGACAGGAUCAGCAGUUCAAGGAUCCGGAAAAACGUAAGUCCAAUCACAAGACGAAGAACAAGCAACAACAACAACAACAACAACAGCAACAAAAACAACAACAACAACAACAACAGCAACAUCAACAAAUUAGAAAAACUCGAUGCUGCCACAUGACUCUGGAAAUGGAUGGGGAUGAGAGCACCACCACUGGCACAACCACAGCAACCACCACCACAACCACAACCAGCACCACCAGCGGCACUUCGGCGGCCACCGGCACCACCGGAAUACUCGACUGCAAGCUGCUCAACAAGCGGAGUAAUCUCUACAAAGGAUUCAAGGACGACGAUGAUGAUGCGGAGGAGGAGGGGGAGGACGACCAGGAUGAUGAUGAGGGUGGGGAUGAGGAUGAAGAUGAUGAUGAUGAUGAGGAGUACUUUGUGUGCCGCCAUUGCCGGCGAAGUCAACAGUAUCGCUCCACAAAGAGGUCACAGAGCAAAUCAAACACCCGCCGGCAGCGGAGCAAGAGCAAGAAGAGGACCACCAGUCAGCAGAGGGUUAAGCCACAACAACAACAACAACAGCAGCAGCAGCAGCAACAACAUCAGAGGCAGCAAGCCUAUCAAAGAUGGCCGGAAAUAAAUGCCGCCAAUGAGCAGGCCAUACGCUUCCGGUGUCCGCAGGUGGGGCCGCAGGUGGGUCGUGACCUUCACACGCCCCAGCCCAUGCACUUUCAUCAUCCCUUGCAAUCCCAGCCACAGUCGCAGUUGCAGUCGCAGUCUCAGUUCCAGGACAAGAUCAAAGCCAAAACUAAGAGCAAAACCAAAAGGAGAGGUGCCGGCGGAGGUGUCCACAAGUCCAAGGCAGUUGCAGCACCACAGCCCCUAGCAUCCACAUCACUGCCCCCCGUAGCAUCCACAGAGCAGCACCGAGCACCCCCCCACCUGGCGCCACUCACCGUUAAUGUAAUGGAGCCGGAGGCGCCCCAGGCGGAGGCCGGAGCGGAGGCCGGGGCGGGGGCGGGGGCGGAGCAGCCACUGCCCACCACUCCGGACUCGCCGUCGCUGGUGACGGUCAGCACCUGGUAUACGGUUGCCAAGCAGGGUGUCUCCUGCUAAUCAUCCUCCCUCCCUGCCCCCCCCAGCCAUCCACCUUCAACAACCUCCCCCCCCACCCGGAGGCAGUGAGUAUCCUUGCACCGCCUUGCCAGUAGAGAUCCUUGGCACACUCCUUGUCACACCCCGCCCCUGUCCCCCAGUCGAAUGAAACGCGGUGUACCACAGUUGUUGUUGUCCUUCCAAUAUCCUUUCGAUAUCUAUAUAUAUAUAUCUAUUUAUAUAUAUUUUAUUUAUAUAUAUAUGUAUGUGUAUAUGUAUAUGUUUUUUUUUUAAAUGUAUAUGUAUUCUGUGUGUUUCAGGGUGGAUCUUAAGAGAUUGGCAUCCAAAAUCAUAAAAGAUGUUUUCAAAAAAGGUUUUUUUUAAACCAGAAACUAUUAUAGAACUGUGUGAAAAAUUAGAAAAUAAAGUAAAUAAUUAUUAAAAAGAUUAUAAUCAGAAGUCAAGAACCAUUCUAUAAGAAAAGUAAUUGAAAUAUAAUAGAAAGAAGGUCCUAAGUCCGAGAUCCACCCUAUAUAGUGUGUGUCUGUGCUUCUCGUAAACCUCCAAUGGCUUACUUCCGAUUUAAAUUUUGAAAAAAUCCAUCAUUUGUACUCGUAAACUAGACAAGUUUAGAAACAAAUUAAGGUUCAAUGCGUUUUUUUGUGUGUAUAUCGAUCGAUGUUGCAAUCUGUCAAAUGUGUUAUAGUCUUAAAAAAUAAAAUAUAUUAAAUCUAAAUCUAAAUAGAAACUGUAAGGCGAUAAACUGAACCAAAUAUGAAAAAUAUAUCAAAGAUCCAUAUAAUCAUUUUUCUUUAAAAAAUAAAUUCUGGAGACGAGAGGCCCGAGAGAACUCUUCUUAGAAACGUUGUUAAAUGUCCUAGUGUUAAAAAAAUAAAUAAAACAAAAUAUAAAUUGACGUUAGCUGUGAUGGAAAAACAAAGUAUAUUAACUAAAAAAAAAAUAAAAAAACAAAAAAAAACCUUGAAUAAUAUUAAAUGUUAAAAGCAAACACCUUGGGUAAAAAUAUUUCAUUAUUUGUGUGUUUUUUGUGUGUGUUUUUGUGUGUGUUUUUUGGGCAAGGCAAUGUUUGAAAAAAAUUAAGAAUAUUAUAUAAUAUUUAUUGUACUGGAUAGCACUGGAUUUUAAUUUAAAUAUCGAAAUAUUAUUGCUUGUUGGAUGAGAAAAAAAAAAAAACAAAAAAUAUGCAAAAAAGGAAAACACUCUCUUGUUAUUGAAAUGCAAAUUGAAUGGAAGUUCGCCUAUGACCGAGAAGCAAUCGAAAUUGAAAGAAAAACAAAGAAGAGAAUUUUUGCUUUUAAUUGAUGAUGCUAAGUUAUUGGAUGAAUUUAAUUGGAUGCUUUAUGGCCAUGGAUGGAAUUCGAGUAAAUGGGCGAGUAAAAUGGGUAAAGUUUGCUGCUGGGCGUUAACUUUUUUGCUAACUGUUAUUGCUUGACAUGCUUUUGUUGUUGUUGUUUUUCAUUAUGCCACAUUGGACACCACCAAGGAAACACAAACACACACAAACACACACACUCAUACACUCAUACACUCAUGCACACACUCUCAGACAAGAAAACAAACAAGGAUGCAUACGCAUGGGAAUUGAAAUUGGUGAAUGGCGAUUAAAAUAUCUGCUUUCUUUCUCUUCCCAUCUCUUUUUCUCUAUCUCUUCCUUCUCUUUCUCUUUUUCUCUUUGUCUUUGUCUAUCUCUGUUUCUUGAUGCUGGCCCAAAACACACACACACACUCAAACACACACUCAUACACUGAAACGCUUGCAUAAACACCCACUAUUGUAUGCAGAAAUUUGCAUAGAAACGAAAUGAAAUGCGUAACGGUAACGAGAAACACAACGCGAAUCUGCCAAAAACAAAAAAACAAAAAAAACAAGCAUUCAAAAUACAAAAAUAUGGAAAAAAAAAUUAAAGAAAAAUCUAGGUGCCGAAUGUCCAUAAAUAUCCAAUUAUGGUCUGGUUUGUGGAUCGGCAGGAGAACCUGCAUCUAUUUCAAGAACAAAAAAUACUCCAUUUUUGAUUGGGUUGCACUUAGAGGGUUAAAUUGAGCAUCACAUGUAAGUAAACCGGAAACUGGACUGCUUGCAAGAUGGCGUACAAGAUGGCGCAAUGCAGUAAGCAGUGCAGAAUGAAAGCAGUGCAGUAUUUAAAAUGAACAAGAAAAUGAACAGAAAAUGAACAUGUAUGCUUAUUAACAUACGAAACGAAAGCUUUACACAAUGAAAACUAAAAACUUAACUCUUAAAGAUUUAACGAAAUGAUGAACAAAAAUUUAGACAGAAAUUAAAACUAUAUUUAUACGAUGGAGUAGCUCUCCAAGAAUUCAAAUAAAAUUGAAAGAUGACCAGUUUGAAGGAAAAUUUAAGAUAUACAACUUAGAGAAAUAGGUAUAUGUAUGGCACACACCAACACCACUCCCGUAUAUGUAUAGCAAGCUCGUAGGUAAAUGUGAAAUGUGAAAUUUUGUGGUGUCUAAAUCAAAAUAAUGAAACAAAUACGACUCUCACGCAUAGGCAGAGGCAGAGGCAUACACUGCGUAUGCGUAUUGCGUUGAAUGUUGAAUGUAUUAUUUAUUAUUUCGUUGUUGUUCUUGCCACACAACAGGCUCCAUUAGCAAAUUAGUUGCAACUCAAACUGAAACUAAUGAUGGUGGCAAGAUGGAAUGUCAUCAAGUCGGCCCUGUCGGCUAUAUAUAUAUAUAUAUAUAUAUUCUAUAUAUCUGCAUGAAUGUUUCUUGAGUGUCGAGUGAGUCGAGGGGAGAGUGUAUGGGGGUUGGAGCUGAAGAAAAUCAAAUGAAAAUUGGACCACAGCAGCAGCAGCAACAACAACGGGGCAGAAAAAGCAGAUAGAGUAACCGAAAUGAAAAUGAAAAUGGAAACAAAAUAAAUAUUCAUAUUUAUAUUUACAUUCCAUAUACAUACUAUACAUAUACAAGGCAUACAAUAUUUACUAUUUCUGGUAAAUUGGUGUGUAAUUGAAAUUUUUUGUAGCUAGAACUAAGUGUCACAGCCACAGGAGGAAAGUGCAUGAAACUAUUAGAGAUACAAAUCGGGGAAAAAUAUGUGGCAUAUGGAUAUAUAUAGCAUUAUAUUAGUAUACCUUUGAAAUGAAGUUUCGUUGUAAAUAGUUAGUGAGUGGUUUUUCAUUUGCUUGCAACUCUCAAGUCUUUCUCUCUAUAUUUAACUCUAAACUCAAAGUAAUUGUUGCAUUUUUAAACCCAAAAAACCCAAAAUAUAUAUAAAUAUAUAUAUACAUGCAUACACGUAGCUGUGUACUUAGCUGUAGUCUUCCAGACAAACGAAUGAAACCCGAACUCGAACUCAAACUCAAAUGCAAAAAAGAAAGUGAAAUAAGAAACUCUAUUCCACGUAGAUUGAUGAAACCUGUAGAAAAUUUGUACCUUAGCCAAAGAACAAGAAAACGAAACGAAUACCACACCCAAAAAGCUUUCAAAACUAACCAGAAAACCUUUUAAAAAUCGAACCGAAAUACAAAUUGUAAAACAAUAAGAUUUCUUCUUAAUGAGACAAAAAGAAAAAGUUAAUUGACACUAUACGGGCUAUAAAGACAAGGAACUGUAUUAUUUUUAGAUAAAUGUUAUCAAUGUGGCCCCGAUUUCGAUUUGAUUCGAUUCUGCCCCAUCCUAUAUAGCUAUUCAAUGUUACACCCUUCGAACUAUUGGUUUCCUACAACAUACAUACAUGAUAUAUGAUACCAGAUACAAGAUACAUGAUAUAUUGUAUAUGUAAGCUAUAAUUCAGAUGAAAUCCGAACCAAAACCGACUCGAUUCGAUUCGAUCUCAAGCACGACAAUAUCGAAUACACCCAGGACAGUACUAGAGACAUACCUAAUAAUAAGACACCUAAUAAUCUCCCACCACCCCACCCCAGCAAAUCAGAUCAGAACCUCUAUCUCUAUCUUGCCCUUUCCCCGUCUCAAUCUAAUAUAUCUAUCUAUAUAUCUAUCUACUUAUCUGUGUGUGAAUUAGCAAUCAAAUCUAAAUGCAAAAUCUAUUUCAAAACCAAAAAACAAAGUGUCAAAUUUUCAAAAAAAAAUGAAAACAAAUAAGUAAACAAAUAGAAAAAAACCAAAAAGGUGGCAAAA